AUGAGUACAGCGCAAAUUAGAAAGUCCGCAGUACUUUUACUCAUCAACUCCAAAAAUGGCAAAGUUCUUUUGGGUCGACGUUCUAGCUCAGCCUCGUUUAUGCCAAACACACUAGUCUUCCCAGGAGGAGUUGUUGACCAAGAAGAUAUUAAUUUUUCCAAAAGUUGCUUGCGGAAUAACAGCGAGAAUAUUACUCAAGUGUCUGGAAAAAUUGCAUCAGUCCGAGAAUUAUUUGAGGAAUGUGGCUUGUUACCAGUGAUAAAGGAUGGCAAAGACAAGUCUUCGUUCAACCACUUUUCUUCUGACUGUUAUAGCAGCGAUUCAGCUAGCACUUGCUUAUUUAAAUUCACCUUUUUCAGAUGUGUACUUAGUGCUUCAGCAAGUCCUUAUUUAGCUAACACCUGGUUAACGCCGUUCGACUACCCUAAACGAUUCGACAAUACCUUUUAUGCCAUGAAAGUCAGCGAUUCGCCGGUCCCCCGUUCCCACAAAUCAGAACUCUCAGAGGCAAAGUGGAUGGUCCCGUUAGAAACCGUGGAGGGCGCCGAAAACGGGUUGUAUAUCCUCCCUCCACCGCAGGCAUAUGAAUUGACCAGGAUAAUAGAAGCAGGAAGAACAGGAUUGCAACUCGAGAAAAUCGAGAUUCCGACGAGGAUUUGUCCGCAGUUGGUAAACGAUAAAGAAAAUCAAAUUGCACUGCUCAAUGGCGACCAAGACUACAUCGAGGGAGAGCGAUCCACAAUAACUCCAAUGCGGGACAUCAGCGAAAUCGGACCCGAAAUUAAUCCUCGGAAGUUGAUAAAUAGGAUAAUUUACAAGAAAAAACCUUUAUAUAGUAACAUAAAAAUCUGUUCAUCACAAUAA